AUGAGCCACGCUAGAAGAACAGUCACGUUUGACAUCAAGAAGAAGACAGCAGACUGUGUUGUAUUGGAAGAUGCCCGUAGAAACUCCAAGGAGUAUUCCCAAGAUAUGGCAAAAGUGAUUGCAGUAGAAGAAAUUGAUACCAAUCUGUACAUGAGCAAAGAGCUGUGGGUACCCCUAGGAUCACGCGGUGCAUUUGGUGGACAGGUUGUUGCUCAGGCUUUGAAUUCGGCAUGGUGCACCGUAGGAGACCAAUUCCGGAUUCAUUCUCUUCACAGCUAUUUCAUCUUGCCUUGCAAUGCAGAUAUCCCAGUAAUCUACAAGGUACAGCGACUUCGGGACGGAAAGACUUUUGCUACUCGAUCAGUCACUGCAGUCCAAAGAGGAAAACCCAUUUUUAUUGCUAGCUUCAGCUUCGCAACCCCGGAACAAGGAAUACGAUUAGUGCAUCAGGCGCCAAUGCCAGAUGUGGAAAAGCCUGAAGAUGUGCCUUCAGAGAUCGAAAGAGUAAGAGAAUGGCUCAAUGCUGAUGAUCUACCCACUGCAUUCCGCCAAUAUCUUGAAAAGAGACUCGAAGAUGUUACACCUAUAGAGUAUCGAGAGGUCCACACACACAGUACCGAGGAAAUGCUCAAAGGAACUGUUGAGCCAAGCGCAGUACAGCGUCGCUGGUUCAAGUCUUAUAACAAGCUUGACAGUGACGAUGCCAAACUUCAUGCUUGUUCAAUUGCAUAUGCCUCUGAUAGUGGGCUUAUUAUUACUGCCGCAAGGGCCAAUGGAUACGUCUAUGACACCAUGGGAAUGGUAGUUAGUCUGGAUCACUCUAUUUGGUUUCACACACCAGCCCGUAUUGAUGAAUGGCUUUUGUAUGAUAUGCACAGUCCACGUACAAGUGAAGGUCGUGGUAUUGCAUUUGGCAAAAUUUAUAGCAGGGAUGGUACAUUGGUUGCCACAACAGCACAAGAAGGUCUCGUUCGUUUAUCUGAAAAGGGUCAAAUAUUAGAAAAGCAAAAAACGGACAAUGAAAACGACCCUGCAAACGCCAGUAAACUAUAA